ACUACUACUUCGCACUCCAGUCCUGUAGGGGGCCAUAAAGUACCUUAAACCGGAAUUGCCAGCCGCUAAUCAAAUCCAAGGAAGAUAAAGUAGAAGAAAAAUACUGAUGAUGUCACCGUCUGAAGAUGGCUGAAGGAGAAGGCUGGUGGGGAGGCUGGCUUCAGCAGAGCUUCCAGGCCGUCAAAGAAAAGUCAACUGAAGCCUUAGAAUUUAUCAAGCGAGACCUGACAGAGUUCUCUACUGUAGUGCAACAUGACACAACCUGCUCCCUUGUGGCUACAGCCACUGCUGUUAAAAACAAGCUUGCGGUGGAAGGUUCCUCUGAGACCACAGAAAAGGUCAAAAAGAGCCUCUCUAGUUUCUUAGGAGUAAUAACAGACACGCUUGCUCCACCCCCUGAUAAAACCAUCGACUGUGAUGUGAUCACAUUGGUGGCAACACCAGCUGGAACUACAGAGGUCUAUGACAGUUCUAAGGCACGUCUCUACAGUUUGCAAGCUGACCCUGCUACAUACUGCAAUGAACCUGAUGGUCCCCCAGAGAAGUUUGAAAACUGGCUUUCCACCUUCAGCUUGGAAGAUAAUAAGAGACAAAUCUCAGAACUUCUGGUCAACAGUCCUUCGAUACGAGCCCUCUACAACAAAAUGGUGCCAGCAGCUGUAGCCCAUUCUGAAUUUUGGCAGAGGUAUUUCUACAAAGUCUUCCAGCUCGACCAGGAGGAAAGCCGGAGAUUGGCAUUAAAACAGAGGGCAGAACAGACUACACACCAAGAGACCCUGGGCUGGGAGGAGGAGGAAGAGGAUGACUUCAUAGGUGCAUCAUCAUCUACUCAUCUCGACUUUACAACCAAAUUGGAUAACAUAUCAACCGACCUGCCCCUGACCUCGACAACUCCUAUUCGAACAACUCUAGCUGGCCCUGACUUGUCUUCCUGUGAAGAGCGUGAUAUCACCCACUCCAUAAGCAGUGAUAGCAUUAGCCAGCCAACACAAGUGGAAGUGCGACCAGAGCCUGUUUCCACAGAGCUAACCAACAAACUAACAGAAGCUAGCUUGGAAGAUGUUAAGUUAAAGACACAAGAAAAGCAGAGGCCUUUAAACAGGGACUUGCCUCUUGAUCCCCAAGAGAAGGCUGUAACCCUGCCAGAAGUCACUGUUGAUGGGGCAUCAAUCCGGACUCUGGCUUCCGUCUCCAAACCAGAGGCAGCAAAGGAAGAAGGGCCACAGGAUCUGAGAGUGUUUGAGCUUAAUUCUGACAGUGGAAAGUCUACGCCCUCUAACAAUGGCAAGAAAGGGUCAAGCACAGAUGUGAGUGAGGACUGGGAGAAAGACUUUGACCUUGACAUGACAGAAGAAGAAGUCCAACUGGCACUCUCUAAAAUAGAAGCGUCUGGAGAGCUGGAUGAAGACUGGGAGAACUGGGAGUGAGAGCCACUGCAACACAAAUUAUUUCCCACAAUUAAAGUUAACUCUCAGCAGAUGAACCAUGCUUAAUGUGUUUUAACUCUGUCCACAUCGUCUCCAUGUCAUAAUUAUCAGUAAGGUACUUUUUGACAAUUUUUGUACCAUAUUGGUAAACCUGUUAGCAAAAAUACCAGGAAGACCAAGGCAAUUGGCAUUAGACUGCUACCUUGACUAUCAUUGUAGCAAGGGUGUUGGCUCAGGUAAAGCUAAGUUUAGUUCUUAGGAAACUUCUGGCUUAUAGAGUGGGAGUCACUAGUAAUGGAAUGAUGUUGACUUUGUGACAAGAAUGGGAAAGAGUGGGAGUCACUAGUUAUGGAAUGAUGUUGACUUUGUGUCAAGAAUGUGAAAGGUUUUCCAGCACCUCUACAGCUAGUUUUGUUUAGUUUUUUAGUAACAUUCAUCAUGUAUGUUGCAAGUUCAUUCCAAGUUUGGCAAUGACUUGCUGGGGACAAAAAACGUACAAACUUAAGUGCAACGUGUCUCCUGUCAAAGAUGAAAUACUGGACAAUAGUUGUUGGAGAUUUAUUGAGUUGACUCUUCCUGUUUCCCUGUCUUUGUUUUUCAACAUUAUAAUGUUUGUUAAUCUUAAGAAAAAAUAUUUUGGCCUUCAUUACCAGAGAACCUUUGAUUUUGGAAAAACUAUCUGUUCUGCAUACAAGGCCUUACAUCUGUUAUCCAGAUGUUUCUUUUUUUUUUCAAAAGUCAAUUAUGUAUGUGUCAUAAGUUCUUUCCCCUCACUAUAUCAUAUGAGACUAAGUGAAUAUAUGAUCAUGUUGCAGGCUUCAUUUAAGAUUGUCAUUUUUAAUGAGUGAUCUGCUUCUUUGAAUUGGUUAUUACUUUUUCUUUUUUAAGUGUAAAUCAGAGCCCCAGAGAUGUAUGUAUGUAUGUGUGUAUGUGUGUAUGUGUGUAUGUGUGCAUGUGUGCAUGUGUGUGUAUAUAUAUGUGUGUUUGUAUAUACACAUGUAUGCAUGUACACAUAUGUGUGUGUAAAUACAUAUAUAUAAACAUAUAUAUUGUGCAUAUAUAUACUGUAUACACAUAUAUGUACUGUGUGUGCAUAUACACAUUUAUAUAUGGAUGUGUGUACAGUGUAUAUAUAUUUGUGUGUGUGUGUGUGUGUGUGACUGUAUUCUAUGCAUCUAUGAAGUUAUAUUAUUUAAUGCUAAGAGAGAAAGUCAUUUGACCUUAUAUACAAAAUUUAAAUCACUCCUUAUCAUAAUACUGGAUUCUUCAGUAGAAAUUUGGGUUAGAAUAUCUUUGUACUUUCUUUUAUGGGGUAUAUUAAAGAUCUGUAAAGUUUUGUUUGUACUCCAGCCAAUGUCUGGGACAGAAUAGCUCAGCAGGCACUGUGCCAUUAAGACUUAUUUGUAACAUGUUUUCCUCUGAUCUCCUUUUGCAUCAUCUAUAAUACAACUGAGUUAAAGUAAUUCUAGAGGUGUCUGAUUUAUACUUCAAUCAUUGUUGUCAAUCAUUCAUGUAUUAUGUGAUUUGGAUUGCAUGUCUGUGCAAUAACAUGCAAGACAUUGGGCAGGUGGUUAUUGUUGAGCUACAUGUCGCUUUUUUCUUUUUUUUUUUUGAAAGACAUUGGCUGUUAUGUGUUCUGGCAAUAUGUCGCAUGUCCAUGAUUCUCAGCUGUGUAUUCCCUUCAGAUUUGCACUUUGCACUAAUCAAAGCUGUCAAAGAUGUUUUAGAAACUGUCCGGUCAUUUUUUUUUAAGUCAAGUAUUUAGCAAUGUACUUCAAAUGACCAUUGUCAUUAAAGGAUUCAUGGAAAAGGCGCUGUGAAUUAUAAAUCA